UCGCUGAUCGGUUUCUGGAGAUUCGUGCUUCCUGUAGAAAUGUGCUAGUUGGCAGUGGACACCAGCAGAUGUCAAUCGGGAUUAUUCACGACUCUUACCGACAUAUGGUGAUGUUAACAUCUGCCUACGCAGCACAAAACUGCGCGGACACUUCUAUAUAGGCCUACCAAGUUACAUUCGUAACCCCUUCAGCAAAAUGACCGAAACGGAAACGAGGAAUCACCACACCGACAAGCAACAGAUCGGAGGUGCCAUGGCAGAACCAUCGACGGUGGAGGAUGUUUUUGACGACACCUAUAAAGAGAAAGAGGGUCCCAAACCGCCGAGGACCCUGGUGUGGAGAAAUAUCAUACUGAUGUCCCUCCUUCAUGCCGGUGCGCUUUAUGGACUGAUUCUCCUUCCCUCCGCAUCGGUUCCAACUCUUGCAUGGACUGCAGUGUGCUACCUCAUCAGUGCUCUCGGUGUGACUGCCGGUGCACACAGAUUAUGGAGCCACAGAUCCUAUAAGGCCGCUUUUCCCCUGCGAGUCUUCCUUGCCCUUGGCAACUCCAUGGCCUUUCAGAACGAUUUAUAUGAGUGGGCAAGGGACCACCGUGUCCACCAUAAAUACUCAGAGACAGACGCAGACCCCCACAAUGCCACGCGGGGGUUCUUCUUCGCCCACAUUGGCUGGCUGAUGGUUCGCAAACAUCCCGACGUCAUUGAAAAGGGCAAAAAACUGGAGCUGUCAGACCUAAGGGCAGAUAAAGUGGUCAUGUUUCAGAAACGGCACUACAAGCUCUCUGUGGUGAUACUCUGCUUCUUGGUGCCCAUGUUGGUGCCCUGGUACUUCUGGGGGGAAUCCCUGGUUGUGGGAUACUUUGUCCCUGGGCUCCUGAGAUACGCUGUGGUUCUCAAUGCCACCUGGCUAGUCAACAGCGCCGCGCACAUAUGGGGCAACAGGCCAUAUGACAAAGCGAUUAAUCCAAGAGAAAACCCACUGGUUGCUUUCAGUGCCGUAGGGGAAGGCUUCCACAACUACCAUCACACAUUCCCCUUUGACUACUCCACGAGUGAGUUUGGCUGCAAGCUCAAUCUCACCACUGCCUUUAUAGACCUCAUGUGCUUCCUGGGUUUGGCCAAGGACCCCAAGAAAGUGUCGAAGGAAAUUAUCAUGGCUCGCAAGCAGCGAACAGGUGACGGCAGCCACAAAAGUGGCUGAGUCAAACUAGCUACAAACACUGCAACUGAUACCGACAUGUCGAACCAAGACAGAACGUAGCAACGGGUAUAGCAGCAUUUCAGUGGUGGGCAGGGAAGAUUUAAUUCUUCUGAUUAUAAGUUAAACCUCCUCCUGAGACUAAUAUUGGCUUCAAAGAGUUGUAGAACUUUCCAUAAAUUGUGUGGGUCUCUUUUAAGUUUUGAAGUGUCCUCACCGACUAUUAGCCACAGCCAGCGACUUGGCUACAUGUGCAAGCACAGCUUUUUCACGAUAACAUAUAAACGGGCACAAAGAGAAUGGGGGGGUGGGGGGGGGCUAAAUGGGCUAAUAGUCUCUUUGGCAGCAGUAGGACAACCAAACAAGUCUGUGUGAGCAGUGUGUAAAAGCGGUAAUUACUGCAAAAUUUACUGUAUAUCUUAUUUGUUAAUGUGCUAUUUAUUAAUAGUCUUUGGCACUUUGAAAGCUUUAUUGAAACCCUUAACAGUGAGGUUUCUCUACAGGCAAUAUUGAGGGCCUUUAGCUCUAACUUCUAUCAGUACUGCUUUGUCUCAUUCCACAGGGAGUGGAGUUUCAUCUUGAUUAUUAUUUGUCAACUUUAAGCUAAGAUUUUCUUUAUUUUUGGUAAGAGAGUAGUCUUACUAAAGCAUAAGCUGCUGUGUUUAAGGCCAACACCAAGACAGUGAACACAAGAUUGAACUGUUGCCAUUUAUCAUAUCAAAGUAACCCUGGGUGAUUACAGUUCAGAUGGGUUAUACUUUCACAUCCAAUGUCUCCAACUGUACAAGAGGGGUUCUUAAUGAGGACUAUUCUCUGGUGUAACGCGGUGUAUACCCCUGGUUGAGUAAUGAAAACGCCUCAGGGUGUGUUCACACCAGACAAAGUGAAUUUUACGCAUGGCGCAAUUAUAUACAAAGGUGUGAGUAGCGAAGAAUUUACAAGAUGUGAAUCCUGCAACAUCAAGGACGCGAUUAUACAUUAUAUGCUUGUGCAAGAAAUGUGUCACUUUGUCAUGAAAGCCUAUCAGAGAUGUGAUUUUUCUGCAUAGCACAGCCUUGGUACUCCAUUUAGAAAGCAAGCAUCUGAAAAGUUGUUUACUGGUUCUCUGGCAAACAGACCUGUCAAAGCAUGAAAUCAGACUUUUUACACACAUACAGCAUCAUGCUGUAGUUAUUUCAGCAUACUUUUGAUACGUUUAUCGCAAUGAAAUAACAGCAAAAUGCAUUUAUUUUGGGUUCAUACUGCUGUAGUAGCGCCAUCACUGCAGUCAUCCAGACAGUUCCUGGAGAAGGCGGUGAAAUUUACAAACAUGUGUAAAACCUCCUGAUAAUAUGAUUCCAGACAUGACAGUGUUUGGUUUUGUGAAAGCAGCAGAUUUGGUAUUUUAGACUUAGGUUAAUGAUGGGAAGUAAGCGUAGUUUACAAUGGUGCAACUCACGCAAGUAACAUGAAUGAAUGAACACGAAUGUGAUCCAAAGGUCAAAGUUCAGUGAGUAACGCAUGGAGAAAAUUUGCUUCAUGUCUCGUGUGAACAUGCCAUCAGCCUCAGACUGAAACAUAGAAACAGACUGACUCUCGAUCUGAAGAGAUAAUUAUUUGCAUUAAUUUUGUAUUCAUUUGAAAACGGACAUUUGUGCUGUGUGAUAUUAUUGAAACGUGUCAGGACUCUUGCCCAAAUGCCUUAUGAGGGUUGCACACCUGAUUUAAAAAAAAAUAAAAGUGCAGGUUAUGGAAGUAAAUUAGGGCUUAAAUUUUCUGUCUAAUCACAGUUGUUUGGUGUCUGUCUGUUUUUAAGGAACACUUCAAAAAUUAAAAUCCCUUAUUUAUACUGAAAAAGAGGGACCAUUCAAGUAAAAAAUGGGUUACUAUGAUUUAACUUUUGUGUAACCAAACAAACACUUUGCUCUAAAACAAGAUCCAAACUUGUCAUAUCAUUAAUGAUACUGUUGUAAUAUUUGUCACACUUCCUCUUUUACAGAGCAACACAUUUUUACAGUGUUAACUUCUUGAAGUUUGAAUGCCUUAAAAAAUGGCACAUUUUUUUUCAAAGAAUGUUUUUGCCCACUGUAUGUGUCGUAAAUAAACCAAAUUUUCUACUUGUGACAAAAUAUGUUUUGCUGUUUUUGUUGGGAUUCUGUAAUACUCCUUGUUCGUAUACUGAAUAAAAAAUAUGAUCAUA